AUGGGCUGCGCGAGUUCAAAAUACUCUUCAGUUUUGUACACGAAACUCAAGGGGACGGUUCUUGUUGCCUUUCAUUACAAUGGAGGCAUCAUAGUUGGUACUGAAUCUAGAGGUUCCAGUGAAGAUAAGCCUAACUAUCCACUUGCAAUUCGAGACGACAUAAAAAAAAUGGUUUCAGUAUCUUCCAAAAUAAUUUACGUAAUUCAGGGGGUGCAUGCUGAUUGUAUGGAGAUGAACAGGCAUAUAAGAAAGAAGUUUCCGGGUGAGUAUGCUGGCAAUGCACCUACAAUUUCAAGUGUUGUAGAAAAGGUGUACGAGUAUCUGAAUGGUCUCCAUGACAAGGAAAAAGUAUGUGGAGCCAUCGUCGCUGGAUUCGAUGCUUCGGGUCCUCAAAUUCAUUUUAUUUUCAUAAAAAACGGAAAAAUUGUGAAAGAAAGACCUUCUGUGGGUGCAGCAGCACUCGGAAGCGGUCAAGCUUAUGCUAACCGGCCUUGUUUUUAA